CUAAGUAUAGUUUUAUUAAGGCACUAAUUCAGUCAGUGUGGUGUUUGUGUUGAACUCCACUCUGUGAUUUAAAGGGAUACAUGAUGAAAAAGGGCCACAAGAGGAAGAACUGGACUGAGCGCUGGUUUGUCCUUCAACCUAACUCGCUGUCGUACUACGUCUGUGAGGAUCUUCUGGAGAAGAAAGGAAACAUCAUUUUGGACAUAAACUGCUAUGUGGAGUCUCUGCCUGAUAAAGAUGGGAAGAAAUGCCUUUUCAUCAUCAAGUGCAUCAACAAAAGCUUUGAAAUCAGCGCGUCAGAUAAAAAGAAGAAGCAGGAAUGGAUUCAAGCCAUUCAAACGUGCAUCCAGCUGCUGAGGUUGGGGCUGUCGUCUCCUCACCGUGAGGCGCGGCUGAGGCGCAGGGAGCUGCGGCAGAGGCAGCAGGCAGAGGAGGAGGAGCUGGUGGAGAAGAUGAAGCGGCUCCAGGCGGCCAAUGAGCACAAACAGAGAGAGCUGGAGGCCAUGAGGAAG